GCCCGCCCGCUCGCUGCCUCGGCCGUCGCCGCCGGGGUCUGCCCUCCCUCGGGGUCUCCGCCGUCUCCUCCCCCCCACCCCACUCCCCCGCCGCCCGGCCCGCAGCGAUGGGGCUCCUGGAUGCAGAGCCCGGCAGCGUCCUGAACGCGAUGUCCACGGCGCUCAACGACACGGUGGAGUUCUACCGCUGGACCUGGUCCAUCACAGAUAAACGUGUGGAAAAUUGGCCUCUAAUGCAGUCUCCAUGGCCUACGCUUUGUAUAAGUACUCUUUAUCUGCUGUUCGUGUGGCUGGGCCCAAAGUGGAUGAAAGCCAGAGAACCUUUUCAGAUGCGCUUAGUGCUCAUACUCUAUAAUUUUGGGAUGGUUUUGCUUAAUCUUUUUAUCUUCAGAGAGUUAUUCACAGCAUCCUACAGAGCAGGAUAUAGCUAUAUUUGCCAGAGUGUGGAUUAUUCUGAUGAUGUUAAUGAAGUCAGGAUAGCUGCUGCUCUGUGGUGGUACUUUGUAUCUAAAGGAAUUGAGUAUUUGGACACAGUGUUUUUUAUCCUAAGGAAGAAAAACAACCAAGUCUCUUUUCUUCAUGUAUAUCAUCACUGUACAAUGUUUACAUUGUGGUGGAUUGGAAUUAAGUGGGUCGCAGGGGGACAAGCAUUUUUCGGAGCCCAGCUGAAUUCCUUCAUUCAUGUGAUUAUGUACUCAUACUAUGGGCUAACUGCAUUUGGCCCAUGGAUUCAGAAGUAUCUUUGGUGGAAACGAUACCUGACCAUGUUGCAGAUGGUUCAGUUCUUUGUGACCAUUGGACACACAGCAAUGUCUCUUUACACGGAUUGCCCCUUCCCGAAGUGGAUGCACUGGGCUCUGAUUGCCUACACAAUCAGCUUCAUAUUUCUCUUCCUCAACUUCUACAUUCGGACAUACAAUGAGCCUAAAAAAUCAAGCACUGGAAAAACAGCUGUGAAUGGUAUUUCAGCCAAUGGUGUGAGCAAAUCAGAAAAACUGGUGGUAGAGAAUGGAAAAACCCAGAAAAAUGGAAAAGCAAAAGGAGAGUAAAUUGAACUAGGUCUUAACUGUUGUUGACAGUGAAGAAGCUCCCAUUUCAGAUAAAAUUUUAGGGAAAACAAGCAAAUGAGGGAUUGGGGUGGGGAGAAAAAUGGCAAAUGUGCUCCUGUGUAUUAGUGACCUUUAGAUUGAGUAAAGUGUUAACUAUGAUACCCAGAUGUUUUAUUUAUGACGUUUUUAUUUUAAACUUUUUUUUUUUUUUUUUAAUUAGCUUUCAUGUCCAGACCAAAGCAAUUGUUAUGUGACUUUGGAGGUUCUCCCUCUGUUCACAUCGUUUGUUUACUGCAUGAAAUUUCUCAUGUAUCUUAUAUGCAGUCAUUCUUCAGUCUGAUGAUCACAGAAACACAGUCUUUUUGAGGUUUUUUUUGUGUGUGUAUGACUAAAUUACUAAUUGCCUACUGAUUAAAUCAGUUACUUUACAUUUGCUGGUCCAAAGCUAGAAAUGCAGAUACUUUAAAAUUUGCACAUUUGAAUUUGCUGACUGGAAUGAUCGAAUCUCUCCACCUCUGGUUUGAAUAUACCUUUUUGGUUAUAAUUAAAAUCUGAUGAUCUCUGUAGACUUUUAGAGGGUUGAUGAUGAUGGUGUCGGUGAAAAUAAGAAAGAAUUACAGUAAAAUCCUGUCUGGCGACCUAGAGGGUCAUCAUGACUUGUGGCACAAAUCACUGUGGGAAACAGUUUUUGUGAAAAGGCAGCCUUUUGAUAAUUCUAUGACUAUCAGAAAUACAUUAUGAAAAUUAAGAUUAUUGUCUGAUUGGAAUGUGAAACAACUCAUGUCUUUAUUGGUGACAUCAUAAAUAGUUACAUUAAUGUGCUGUUAGGAGACAGUAUGUUGAUUUUUACCAGACUUCUAAUGUUUUGAUUUGCGGCUGUUAACCGAUUUUUCAUAUGUGGAAAUAUACCUACCUCUUCUGUUGGAAAGAACAUUUAAAAUUAAAUAAAUUUUAAUU